GCUGCAGAUGCUGAAGGCUGUGGAGCUCAACAGAGAGGUUACCAUCGCUCAGUUCCAGGAAGAACUGGACAGGCUCCGAGCCUGUGUCACUCAGAAAGAUCGCCUGGAGAAAGACCUGCACACACACGCUGUCGACAAGGUGAGGAGGGAGGGAGGGGGGAGUGUGUGUGUGCAUGUGGGUCUUUCUAUAAAUUAGGGUACCAGUGAGCAUUUGUUGUAGUGGACAGCUGUUUGGAGCUGUUACAAAGUCAAUAAUACUAUUUUUUUCUUCAUGUUAAUACAUUAAGAUAUAAAGGGGGAACAUACAGUACCAUUGAAAAGUUUGGACACCUACUCAUUCCAGGGUUUUUCUUUAUUUGUAAUAUUUUCUACAUUGUAGAGUAAUAGUGAAGACAUCAAAACUAUGAAAUAACACAUAUGGAAUCAUGUAGUAACCAAAAACGUGUUAAACAAAUCAAAAUUAAUUUUAUAUUUGAGAUUCUUCAAAUAGCAACCCUUUGCCUUGAUGACAGCUUUGCACACUCUUGCUCUCACCAUGUCACCACCCAUCAAUCCCCCUCAGAUCUCCACACGUGUCUAGACUGGGCAGUAGGGGUUAGGGGUUGUUUCUGGAUAGGCCAUGGGUAUUAUGGUAGUGCAGUCAGUCAGUCUGGCACUGUCAUAAAAAUGUUAAUAGCUGUCAAAUACUUGCUUCCUCUGGCCUUGGGAGAAUCUCAAUUACAUUUUGUUGAUUCUUUGCGUCCUCUCUCCUCGUCUCCUUCUUAAAACCCAUUGGAUGAGAAGGUCAGAGGUCCCUCCCCUCUCUCCUUCUUAUCAAUGGGUUUUUGAGAAGGAGACGAGGAUGUGAGGAAUUAAGGAAAUGCAAUUGAGAUUCUCCCCUUGUUUCCUCCAUUCCUUACCUCCCUCUCAAAGCCCAUUGUGGGAGAGGAGGGAAGGUUCCUCCCCUCAGGCUCCAAUGCACUUUCAAGGAGAGGCAAGGAGUGGAGGAAGAAAGGACAGCGGAAGCAAGAAUGUGAUGUCUAGUUUUCACCCACACACACACUGUGGAAACUUUACUGAUUAUAAUCAUUUCAUUAGUGGUUGUUAUUAUUAUUGUCAAUGAUUUUGUUGACAGAACCCAUUGUAUUAUAUUAUUGUAUUAAAUGAUCAUGUAAACUAUUACAAAAUAUAGAAAUGCUGUUUAUCUUUUGCUGUUUAGCAUGGCUAUACAUGAUAGAGAAGUUGACUAAAGCACAAACAGACAUGCAGUGCAUUUUGAAUGACAUGUAGAUGUUUUGUUGUUGCUAGGUGGAGUUAUGGUCUUGUCGUGCAUACCUAGACUCUUAUUCCUGUAACUACACAUGUGAAGCCGCAAGAAAAUCAUAUUUAAAUGUGUAUCAAAUUAUUUAGAAAUGUUUACCCUGAUGUCACAUAUUGGCCUCUUUAUUUAUAGAAAGACUGUAGGCUAAGAUAGCCCUUCUGAGGUAGCAGUUACUGUAUGUCAGGCCUCGCAGCACCUGUGUGUGAAUGUGUGUGUAAAAAUGUUUGUGCGUUUACCUGUGUAAAAGUGUAUUAGCCUGUCUGCCCCUCCCUCUCUACAGGCUGAGAUGGGUCGUCUGAGGGAGAAGCUUCGCCAGGCCGAGGAGCAGCUCCAGGCGUCUCGCCAGCAGGCCGCCAUGUUGGCGUCGGAGCUCCGUGACUCAGCGAGUGCCCGCGACCGCACCAUGACCGAGCUGUACCGCGCCCGCCUGGAGGCCGACUCCCUCCGCGCCAGUCUGGCCGAUGCUCAGGCCGAGUGCCGGCGAAUGGAGACGCAGCUGGACCGCAUGAGGACCACCUCCCAACAGGAAGUGGUAAGGGGAACAUAUAUAUAUUAACAGAGUCUUACGGUUGGACCAGGAAGUAGCUUCAGGCUUGAACUUUCAAGGAUUUAUCUUUCUUAGUUUUUAAGGAUAGAAAUAGAAGAUGAAUUUACAACUGCUAUGUGCUGUAGACAGGUUUAGUAACAGAAUUCCAGUACUGAAUUAUUUUAUUUGUGCUGAACUACUCCCCCAUCCCCUGACCCCCUCUAUCUCCCCCUCCCUCUUUCUUAGGGUGUGGGGACCACCAGUGAGGGGGGGUGUGUGGUAUCUGAGGCGGAGGCUGAGCUACAGAGAGAGGUGGAGGAGCUGAAGCUGCGUCUCCACAUGGCCGCUGAGCACUACAAGGAGAAGUACAGGGAGUGUCAGCGGCUCCGCAGGCAGGUGGCCAAGCUCAGCGAGGCCCAGGGGGUGAGUCUGUCUGUCUGUCUGUCUGCAGAACUGUACUACACCACACCACAUCGUCACAGAGGCAUCUAGUGGUACACACCCAAGGUCACUGAUGGGUUGUGUGUGAAAUGGCACCCUCUUCCUUAUAUGGUGCCAUUUAGGGAAUAGGGUGCCAUUUCAUGCGCAGCCAAGCUGUCUCUUAUGUCCACAGCCUGAUUCAGCAACAGAAACAUUCUACCAAAUGACUGGGAUUUUGUCAUUGGGGUACAUCUCAAUGGUCUGAAGUGGCUUCCUCAACUUGUCAAUGCAUGAGAUUCUAUCAUUGAGGUGCAUCUCAAUAGUCAGAAGUGGCUUCCUCAACUUAUUUCCCCCUUAUGUCUGUAGGAGUCAAAGAGAAACGCUGCUACUGAGACGACACAGGAGCCACUGACACCCAGUCCAGAGUCACCUACCGCAGGUACUGACACAUACAUACACACACACUCUUUUCUCUUUAAUACUAAAUCCUCUAACUUGUGUGUGUUUGCAGGCAAUCUGGCUGCAGCUGUGCUGAGAGGAGACACUGAGAGGCCUGCAGUCCCUAAACGCAGGGAACACACACACACCAAUACAUUCUCAGGCAUGGAAACCAUGAGAGUAGGGGAGAAAGACUGGAAGGGGAUAAAUAGGGAAGUGAGUGGAGGAGAGGAAUGGAAAGAAGAGGGGAGGAAGGAGGACAGGAGUGUAGGAGGGGAGUUCAUGAGCGUGAAGAUGGAGAGUUGGGUGGAGGUGGAGAAUGAGAGUAGGAGUGCUGAAGAGGGGGAUGAGGGGAGGAGUGCGGAGGAGGUAGAGGGGGAUGAGGGGAGGAGUGCGGAGGAGGUAGAGGGGGAUGAGGGGAGGAGUGCAGAGGAGGUAGAGGGGGAUGAGAGGAGGAGUGCGGAGGAGGUAGAGGGGGAUGAGGGGAGGAGUGCGGAGGAGGUAGAGGGGGAUGAGAGGAGGAGUGCGGAGGAGGUAGAGGGGGAUGAGGGGAGGAGUGCGGAGGAGGUAGAGGGGGAUGAGGGGAGGAGUGCGGAGGAGGUAGAGAAAGAACAGACUCGUUCGGUGGAGGAGGAGCUGGCGAGGAUGGAGGAGAAGUGGGCGGAGCAGUGUGCUAUCAACGAGACGCUUAAACAGAGACUGGCCAAUGAGGAGGAGCGAUUCAGGGUGAGUCAUCCACACACUCACACACACGAUCAUGCUCACAUUUAACAACAUUUGUACACACACACACACACACACACGGACGCACACAUUCGGGCACACAAACACACCCAGUCUCUCUGCCAGGGUGAUAAGGUUGUGUCUAGGUCAGCCCUGUGAGGUUAGCUUGGUUGUUACUCUUCAUCCGUUCAUCACCAAGGUCCUCUACACUGAGUGUGUAUGUUUCUCACAAUUAAGUGUGUACUUCUCUCACAGUGAGGGUGUUUGUGUGUGUGUGUGUUUUCAGUUACAAUGUCACAUGCACAAGUACAGUGAAAUGCCUUCCUUUCUAGCUCUGUGUGUGUGUUUGACCUCUGGGAGUGAGUGUGGGUGUGUUUGACCUCUGGGAGUGGGUGUGUUUGACCUCUGGGAGUGAGUGUGGGUGUGUUUGUCCUCUGGGAGUGAGUGUGUGUGUGUGUGUUUGACCUCUGGGAGUGAGUGUGUGUGUGUGUGUGUGUGUGUGUUUGACCUCUGUGAGUGUGUGUGUGUUUGACCUCUGUGAGUGUGUGUGUGUUUGACCUCUGGGAGGGAGUGUGUGUGUGUUUGACCUCUGGGAGGGAGUGUGUGUGUGUUUGACCUCUGGGAGGGAGUGUGUGUGUGUUUGACCUCUGGGAGGGAGUGUGUGUGUGUUUGACCUCUGGGAGUGAGCGUGUGCUUGAUCUCUGGGAGUGAGCGUGUGCUUGAUCUCUGGGAGUGAGCGUAUGCUUGAUCUCUGGGAGUGAGCGUGUGCUUGAUCUCUGGGAGUGAGUGUAUGUUUAUCUGUGCAGUAAAUAGUAGGCUCUCUCCUUCGAUAGUGUCUCCAGAUAGAGAUAAAUACACACAGUUAGUAACCCCAGCCCUAAUGCUCCUGAGACAGACACAGAUACACAUGCUUUAUAGCUGUUUACAUCACACACACUGGGGAGGAUAUACGAGGAGGAGAUGAGACACGAGGAGGAGAGGGAAAAAAGAGGUGAGAGAGAGAGAGAGACAGCCUGCCUGCCUUUUGUAGUUGUUUGAGAAGAGCCCAGACACACACAGUCAUGUAAACUAUCCCACAGGGUCAAAGCUUUGUACAAGUGCUUGAUUUAUAUUCACCCCCAGUGCACUAGACUAGGUUAUGUCUGGGAUGGUGUAUACAUGAUGACUUGCAAUGGUUCCUUAAAGGCUAAAUCUGUAAGUUCUCUGUCCCUUGUGGCCAAUGGGUACAAUGUAUUUCUAAUGUUUGUCUGAUGGUCUGAUGUUUUUCCAACGUUUCCUCUGUGUAGAUCCAGAUGGCAGAGAGGGCCAUGGAGGUGACAGAGCUGAAGGAGAGUCUGGCUCAGGCCCUCAGAGAGAAGGACCAACUCAAGGAGGUACUAUGAACAUUCAUACAGCUGUCAUAGCAUAAGACCUCAGGAAAUACACAGUUUACACAACUGUUAAAACAUCAGGACACUGGACCCAUGAGCUGUCAUAUGUUUGAGAUGUUAUAAAGUGCUUUCAUAGAGCUACUGCUGAAGCCUGCAAGGGUUUAGCUGUUAUAAGCCUACCAAAAGCACUGGAUACCCCAACAUAGCUUCCUCCCUCUGCCCCAAUUUCUAGAUUCCAACUAAUGAUACACCCAUCCCUGUACACUAACCAUUAAAUGGUGCAAAUGCCAUCCUCCGUGUCUGUUUCACCCCCGCGGUCACUCUUUUUAAAAUGUUAUACCGGAUAGCCCUGCACUAAUGAAGUCAUCAAGAGAGGAAGGAAGAAAAAGGUGGGAAGGAGAAAGAAAGGAAAGAGGGGGGAAGUGGGCGAGCACCUUUAGCAUGCGAGAGCUAUGUGGGCUGGAGUUUGACACCUCGUACUGUAAGACUAGAUUAUUAUAGCAGUUGACUUCAGAUAGAACUGCUUGGAGUUCAAUGAUAGAAAACCCUGAAGUUGCUCCUAAUCUUAUAAUAUUACAAAGCUCCAAUGGAUCAUUUCAGAUCUAGGAGAGGUGUCUAGGAUAGGGUAUUUCAGACUGGGCAUAGAUAUGACAUCCUGCUUCAGUGGUACCUAGUCCAUGGCCAUGGAUAUUUAUACAAUGGGUGGGUCUAAUCCUGGAUGCUGAUUGGUUAAAACCGUGUUCCAGCCAUUGUGUAUUUCACAGACUACCACCAGCUAUGGUGGCUAAAUGCCUAUUUACUGUUCCAUCUGAAAAGUCACUGCGCUUCGGUCUCAGCCCAGCCAGGCAAUUGAUAAACCUGAUCUCCACUGUCCCAUAGAGAAUGAACGUGUCGGGACGAGACAGACGGCUUUCCUCAGCCAGUCGAUAUCAUGAAUUCGCAACAUUUUAUGGAUAAAUGCAAAGAAAUAUUAAUAGAAGAACAGGUAAAAACGAAAUGAAAUGCAGCUCGUUUGCUGUCUUUCCAGCUUCAGUUUGAAGUGAUUGUGUUAGCUGUGUAGUUGGCUAUCUAGCAAGGAGGAAAAGCCUGCAUAGCAACCAUUUUUGUUUGGCAUGGCAACGAUGCCAAUCGAACCAACUACCAGAUGGCUUGGAUAGCAACCUCGGGACUAUAUCCUCAUGGAAGGAUGAAAUGGUAUGAAUAAAUUCAUAGAAAUAAAGUUUUUAAUGAAAAUAUGUCAAUCAUUAUUUGAAUAUGUUGGUAACCAUUGUAUAAAAGUGAUAAUGCCCUCAAAGCCUUGGUUUGGAGGAAAUAUUGGAACAGUUUGCUGGCCCGAGACAACACCCAUGCCAAUAUAUCCUCCAAACCACGGCUUCUCUGGCAUUAUCACUUAAAUACAUAGCUAUAGUUACACAUACAGUCAUGCAUUUUCUGUAUAUCUAAGAUUGUGGCCCAGCCUGAAAGGACAUUUCACUCAUAAAUGUAAGUUUGUCAAAUGUUUUCAGACUUUACAAGUAGAGUAAUGUCAAGAUGAAACCACGCCCCAUGGCAUUGGUUUUGUAUAUCCAGCUAUAUGAAUGGAAAAGAUCAGCACCGUCUGAUUUCCUGGUUUUAUUCGGUGCUAAUAUUUUUUUCAAAUCAUUUAAGUUGUUCUCAGUGGCCAUCUCCUUGUCCCCAUACCAGGAGCUGCAGCAGUGUCAGGACCGACAGAGGGAGCAGGAGGCUGAUGGUCAGGGGUCAGAGGUCAAACAGCCCGUGUUGUUGCGCUACCCCCUGCCCUACCCCCAGGACCCCUCCCCACCCCCCCUGGUACCCCAGAGACCUGCAGAGCUGCAGUAUGGGAACCCCUACUCCACCGACAACACACGAGGUGAAACCCUCGGCCCCCAUCUAUCUAUCUGUCUGUCUCUUUGACUGUCAUCUCGACAGGCAUCUCUACAUCACUCUAGAUAUCUACAGUAUCUACAGGGGCGGCAGGUAGCCUGGCAGGGUAGGAGCGUUGGUUGCCGAAAGGUUGCUGGAUCGAAUCCCCGAGCUGACAAGGUAAAAAUCUGUCGUUCUGCCCCUGAGCAAAGCAGUUAACCCACUGUUGCCCGGGCGCCGAAGACGUGGGUAUCGAUUAAGGCAGCCCUCCGCACCACUCUGAUUCAGAGGGGUUGGGUUAAAUGCAGAAGACACAUUUCAGUUGAAUGCAUUCAGUUGUACAACUGACUAGGUAUCCCCCUUGUGUGACUAUGUGCUUUCUCCAUUUUUCUUCCCUAAAUUUUAUCUUACUCUACCAGUCUAUCUCAAUUGUCUCUCUCGAUCUCCCCCUCUCUUCUCGCUGUAGCUUCCCUCUCUGUCAACCCCUUACAUUCUCUCCCUCACAUCGGUCUGUUGAACCACAGCCACAUCUCCCUCUCUCCCACCUAAAGAGACACCGAUCCUGCUCGUUUUCAGUGGUGACACUUCCUGUUUCCUGUGUGAUUGUUGUGUUUUCUCCAGAUGGGGCAGACGGUGCCCUGUCCCCUGAGCAGAUGCCCCGCCCCCCUCCCGAGGCCCCUGGUGCAUUCGCCCCUCCGUGCGCGCCUCCGGCCACCCCCCCAUCCCCUGGUGCAGGUGCAGGCUGGGAGAGAGAGGUGGUCUGCAUCCAGCCCUCCUCCUCACGAAGCAUGAGCCCCCCUGACGGACUGGAGCACCCCCCCGAGGAGCCACGCAACGUGAGUUCACACACACACUGAGCAGACACUCUGCUAAGUUCUGUAACCUAGUCCUCUUUUAUUGCUGUUUGUGUAUGCCCAUUUCUGUCCUCCACCGCCAAUCCUUUUUCCACUUACACUGAAUAUACCAAACAUUAGGAACACCUUCCUAAUAUUGAGUUGCACCCCCCUUUGCCCUCAGAACAGCCUCAAUUCAUCAGGGCAUGGACUCUACAAGGUGUCGAAAGCGUUCAACAGGGAUGCUGGCCCAUGUUGACUCCAAUGCUUCCCACAGUUGUCAAGUUGUCCUUUCGACUACCAUACCCCGUUCAAAGGCACUUCGAUUUUUUUGUCUUGCCCAUUCACCCUCUGAAUGGCACACAUACACAAUCCAUGUCUCAAUUGUCUCAAGGCUUAAAAAUCCUUCUUUAACCUGUCUCCUCCCCUUCAUCUACACUGAUUUGAAGUGGAUUUAACAACUGACAUCAAUAAGUGAUCAUAGCUUUCACCUGGAUUCACCUGGUCAGUCUAUGUCAUGGAAAGAGCAGGUGUUCUUAAUGUUUUGUAUACUCAGUGCAUUUACUUUAGCUUGUUCUCUUGCAUACCACUUUCUAUUUCUACCUCUUGUCUCUACAGUGGGGGAAAAAAAGUAUUUAGUCAGCCACCAAUUGUGCAAGUUCUCCCACUUAAAAAGAUGAGAGAGGCCUGUAAUUUUCAUCAUAGGUACACGUCAACUAUGACAGACAAAAUGAGGAAAAAAAAUCCAGAAAAUCACAUUGUAGGAUUUUUAAUGAAUUUAUUUGCAAAUUAUGGUGGAAAAUAAGUAUUUGGUCACCUACAAACAAGCAAGAUUUCUGGCUCUCACAGACCUGUAACUUCUUCUUUAAGAGGCUCCUCUGUCCUCCACUCGUUACCUGUAUUAAUGGCACCUGUUUGAACUUGUUAUCAGUAUAAAAGACACCUGUCCACAACCUCAAACAGUCACACUCCAAACUCCACUAUGGCCAAGACCAAAGAGCUGUCAAAGGACACCAGAAACAAAAUUGUAGACCUGCACCAGGCUGGGAAGACUGAAUCUGCAAUAGGUAAGCAGCUUGGUUUGAAGAAAUCAACUGUGGGAGCAAUUAUUAGGAAAUGGAAGACAUACAAGACCACUGAUAAUCUCCCUCGAUCUGGGGCUCCACGCAAGAUCUCACCCCGUGGGGUCAAAAUGAUCACAAGAACGGUGAGCAAAAAUCCCAGAACCACACGGGGGGACCUAGUGAAUGACCUGCAGAGAGCUGGGACCAAAGUAACAAAGCCUACCAUCAGUAACACACUAUGCCACCAGGGACUCAAAUCCUGCAGUGCCAGACGUGUCCCCCUGCUUAAGCCAGUACAUGUCCAGGCCCGUCUGAAGUUUGCUAGAGUGCAUUUGGAUGAUCCAGAAGAGGAUUGGGAGAAUGUCAUAUGGUCAGAUGAAACCAAAAUAUAACUUUUUGGUAAAAAACUCAACUCGUCGUGUUUGGAGGACAAAGAAUGCUGAGUUGCAUCCAAAGAACACCAUACCUACUGUGAAGCAUGGGGGUGGAAACAUCAUGCUUUGGGGCUGUUUUUCUGCAAAGGGACCAGGACGACUGAUCCGUGUAAAGGAAAUAAUGAAUGGGGCCAUGUAUCGUGAGAUUUUGAGUGAAAACCUCCUUCCAUCAGCAAGGGCAUUGAAGAUGAAACGUGGCUGGGUCUUUCAGCAUGACAAUGAUCCCAAACACACCGCCCGGGCAACGAAGGAGUGGCUUCGUAAGAAGCAUUUCAAGGUCCUGGAGUGGCCUAGCCAGUCUCCAGAUCUCAACCCCAUAGAACAUCUUUGGAGGGAGUUGAAAGUCCGUGUUGCCCAGCGACAGCCCCAAAACAUCACUGCUCUAGAGGAGAUCUGCAUGGAGGAAUGGGCCAAAAUACCAGCAACAGUGUGUGAAAACCAUGUGAAGACUUACAGAAAACGUUUGACCUGUGUCAUUGCCAACAAAGGGUAUAUAACAAAGUAUUGAGAAACUUUUGUUAUUGACCAAAUACUUAUUUUCCACCAUAAUUUGCAAAUAAAUUCAUUAAAAAUCCUACAAUGUGAUUUUCUGGAUUUUUGUUUCUCAUUUUGUCUGUCAUAGUUGAUGUGUACCUAUGAUGAAAAUCAUCUUUUUAAGUGGGAGAACUUGCACAAUUGGUGGCUGACUAAAUACUUUUUUCCCCACUGUAUCCCUCUCCUCUGUCCCGUCUUUACCAUGUUUCUUUCCUUUCCAUAUCCCCUGUUUUUACCCUCUAACCAUUUAUGUUCUUUAUCUUCCUCUUAUCUCUCUCCCUCUCUUACACCCUCCAUCUCUUCCUCCCUCUCUCCCUGCUGUUUCGUUCCCCUAUAUACACCUUUCAAACCAAUACGUUCCUUUGCCAACUUUAGCAUUCCGCCAACUUCUUUCCGCCUUUUCUUUAUAUCUGAAAAGUGUUGCCAGUAUCAAAGCCUAAACUUUAAUUUCAGCGAACCAACCUAGUCAUGAUUGGGGUAAAGUUCUGCCUACGGCUUUGCAUGAAAUGUAGCCGUAAUGCUGAGGCGCCAUUGGCACGCACUACGCUGUUAAGUUCUUGAUGGUUGCUAGGCAGUGCCCAUUACUACUAUCCUCCUGGCAGUUGUAAACUUGCAUGUCACUUCACCCAUCUCUUCGCAUAGCCCAGCACAUGUACUGUUUUCUUAACCCAGCGUUUCCCUAACUCUGUCCUGGGGACCCCAAAGGGUGCACGUUUUUGUUUUUUGCCCUAGCACUACACAUCUGAUUCAAAUAAUCAAAGCUUGAUGAUUAUUUAAAUCAGCUGUGUAGUGCUAGGUCAAAAAACAAAACGUGCACCCCCUGGGGUCCCCAGGACCGAGUUUGGGAAACGCGGUCUUAACCACAACAUUUUUUUCUUUAUUUUUCACUGACUCUCAGUUUGGAUAUUGGUUAGGCUACAAUUAUGCUGUGGUAAUAUUAGCUGAGUUGAGGUGAGUGCUGCUCAUGAUCAUCUUGGCUCAUUUAUUAGCACUGAUCAGAACAUUUUGCCAGCAUGUUAUGUAGUUUAACAAGUGGAUUAUUUUGCUAUUCACUCGCAGUCGCUUAUGCUGCGUUCAAAACACCUGGGAACUCGGAAAUCUCGGACUUCAGUGCGUUCAAAACAACCGGGAACUCUGGGGGGGAAAAAAGAGCUCAGACUGGGGAAAAAUCUUUUUGAACGGUCAUCCAACAAGGCAUUUCAACUCGGGAACUAUUUCGUUGAAGGUGAAGUUCACCAAUUUUUACAUGUGGCCUUAUUUUCACACUUUCUGUGCUUGUAGUUGAUCCCUCAAACUGUUUAUUUUAUUUUGUUAUAGAGAAAAUUGUUUGUCACAUUUUUCUGAGACCUCACUUGCCAUUGACUACAAUGCAUUAUUAAAAUGUGUCUAAAGCAUGUUAUGAAACGCUCCAAACACUCCAAACACUCAUAUUACAUCAGAAUCUCAUUCUGCACAAAAUUAUUUAUUUAUUUUUCACUCCAUGUUUGAAUAAUGCUGUUUAUAACAAAAAUAUGCAAAUAUGGAUUUAUGGGACAGUGGAACAUAAAAAAUAAAAAAUAAAAAAUGGAUUGCAGAGAUUUAUCCAGAAUGAGAUUCUGAUGUAAUAUGAGUUGGUUUGGAGUGUUUUGGAGCAUUUUAUAACAUGCUUAGACACAUUUUCAUAAUGCAUUGUAGUCAAUGGCAAGUGAUGACUCUCUAACGAAACAAAAUAUUUAAAAAACAGUUUGGGUGAUCAACUACAAGCACAGAAAGAGUGACAAUAAGGCCACAUGUAAAAAUGGGUGAACUUCCCCUUUAAUUGGUUUCUGGCUGGGCAAAUAAGUGAAGGUGGUAUAGCUCAUCUAUAUGUUUGCUCAUUUAUCACUGAUCAGAAACAUUUAGCAUGCAAUAAUGUAGCCUAAAUCGAGUGUAGGCCUAUUAUUUUGCUCGAUCGCGUAUAGUAGUGUUUCCGCUACAGUCAUUUAACUGUGGCGCUGCGCCACGGUAAAAUCAUUGCCACCACACCAAAGAAUAUGAAACAUGAAAAAAUAUUUGUCAAGGCGUACUUUGAAGAUGCUAGAACAGUCCAUAUUAACUUUUCCUCUGCAAACAAAUAAGUAAUGAAUAGAAAAAUCUGACAACCCCAUAGUAGAAUAGUUUAUCUAUUUACCUAGUCGGCUUGUUGUGUGUUCUAUGCGUGAUACAUUUUCCUCUCGAGACGCAUUCAAGUUACGAGUGCCAUAGGGAGGGAAACUUGCAUUCUGACAAGCAGUCAAUGCACAACAAUUCUUGCAAUCAUGCAAGAAAUGGCAUUUGUUAAAAAGAGGGCGAUCCCAGCUUUCCAUUCCUACUUUAUUUCUCAACUCCUAAAUACUGUAUGUUCAAACUGUACCCUUUUAAACCCAGAGUUUUUAACAGCGUCAUGGUUGAGCUUGUUACCGCUACGCAAUUUGCCAUGAGUGCGAAUUAUUUAAGAAUGAUGGAGGCCACUGUUCUUGGGGACCUUCAAUACUGCAGAAAUAUUUUGGUACACUUCCCCAGAUCUGUGCCUCGACAAUCCUGUCUCGGAGCUCUACAGACAAUUCUUUCGACCUCAUGGCUUGGUUUUUGCUCUGACAUGCACUGUCAACUGUGGGACCUUAUAUACACUGCUCAAAAAAAUUAAGGGAACACUAAAAUAACACAUCCUAGAUCUGAAUGAAUGAAAUAAUCUUAUUAAAUACUUUUUUCUUUACAUAGUUGAAUGUGCUGACAACAAAAUCACACAAAAAUUAUCAAUGGAAAUCAAAUGUAUCAACCCAUGGAGGUCUGGUUUGGAGUCACCCUCAAAAUUAAAAUGGAAAACCACACUACAGGCUGAUCCAACUUUGAUGUAAUGUCCUUAAAACAAGUCAAAAUUAGGCUCAGUAGUGUGUGUGGCCUCCAUGUGCCUGUAUGACCUCCCUACAACGCCUGGGCAUGCUCCUGAUGAGGUGGCGGAUGGUCUCCUGAGGGAUCUCCUCCCAGACCUGGACUAAAGCAUCCGCCAACUCCUGGACAGUCUGGUGCAACGUGGCGUUGGUGGAUGGAGCGAGACAGGAUGUCCCAGAUGUGCUCAAUUGGAUUCAGGUCUGGGGAACAGGCGGUCCAUAGCCUCAAUGCCUUCCUCUUGCAGGAACUGCUGACACACUCCAGCCACAUGAGGUCUAGCAUUGUCUUGCAUUAGGAGGAACCCAGGGCCAACCGCACCAGCAUAUGGUCUCACAAGGCGUCUGAGGAUCUCAUCUCGGUACCUAAUGGCAGUCAGGCUACCUCUGGCGAGCACAUGGAGGGCUGUGCGGCCCCCCAAAGAAAUGCCACCCCACACCAUGACUGACCCACCGCCAAACCGGUCAUGCUGGAGGAUGUUGCAGGCAGCAGAACGUUCUCCACGGCGUCUCCAGACUCUGUCACGUGCUCAGUGUGAACCUGCUUUCAUCUGUGAAGAGCACAGGGCGCCAGUGCCGAAUUUGCCAAUCUUGGUGUUCUCUGGCAAAUGCCAAACGUCCUGCACGGUGUUGGGCUGUAAGCACAACCCUCACCGGUGGACGUCGGGCCCUCAUACCACCCUCAUGGAGUCUGUUUCUGACCGUUUGAGCAGACACAUGCACAUUUGUGGCCUGCUGGAGGUCAUUUUGCAGGGCUCUGGCAGUGCUCCUCCUGCUCCUCCUUGCACAAAGGCGGAGGUAGCAGUCCUGCUGCUGGGUUGUUGCCCUCCUACGGCCUCCUCCAUGUCUCCUGAUGUACUGGCCUGUCUCCUGGUAGCGCCUCCAUGCUCUGGACACUACGCUGACAGACACAGCAAACCUUCUUGCCACAGCUCGCAUUGAUGUGCCAUCCUGGAUGAGCUGCACUACCUGAGCCACUUGUGUGGGUUGUAGACUCCGUCUCAUGCUACCACUAGAGUGAAAGCACCGCCAGCAUUCAAAAGUGACCAAAAUAUCAGCCAGGAAGCAUAGGAACUGAGAAGUGGUCUGUGGUCACCACCUGCAAAACCAGUCCUUUAUUGGGGGUGUCUUGCUAAUUGCCUAUAAUUUCCACCUGUUGUCUAUUCCAUUUGCACAACAGCAUGUGAAAUGUAUUGUCAAUCAGUGUUGCUUCCUAAGUGGACAGUUUGAUUUCACAGAAGUGUGAUUGACUUGGAGUUACAUUGUGUUGUUUAAGUGUUCCCUUUAUUUUUUUGAGCAGUGUAGAUAGGUGUGUGCCUUUCCAAAUCAUGUCCAAUGAAUUGAAUUUACCACAGGUGGACUCCAAUGGUGAAAUGGUGACAUUAAGUGGUUUCUGAGAGAAGUACAGGCGCGUUACCCACAGAUGGCGUUUUACCCCACGUUACCCUAACAGGGAGCCCUAACUUAUAUUCACUUAUGCAAGUUUUUGGGGACAUAAAAUUCCUCAAUAGGAUGCUAACUAGUUAAAAGGUUACACUUUGGAUCUAGCUAAUGGUUAGCCCAAUAGGGUAAAUGCAGAUAGGCAACCCCAUGCUUCAUCCUAUUUAUUUAUUGCGACUAUGCUGCAUCAGAUGGGCUACAGGUUGAUAAUGCUUAUUGCUAAUAGCAUACCUGAUAAUAUGGACCAUCCAUAGGCUAUAUGCAUGGUCCAAUAUGUUAAAAUAAUUAAUAAUAAUAACGUUUUGAGGGAGCGUGCAAUUGGCAUACUGACUGCAGGAAUGUCCACCAGAGCUGUUGCCAGAGAAUUGAAUGUUCAUUUCUCUACCAUAAGCCGCCUCCAUCGUCGUUUUAGAGAAUUUGACAGAACAUGGCGUUGUGUGGGCGAGCGGUUUGCUGAUGUCAAUGUUGUGAACAGAGUACCCCAUGGUGGCGCUGGGGUUAUGGUAUGGGCAGGCAUAAGCUACGGGCAACGAACCCAAUUUUAUUUUAUCAGGCAAUUUGAAUGCACAGAAAUACAGUGACGAGAUCCUGAGGCCCAUUGUGAGGCCCUUUUUUUUUAAGGGAUCUGUGACCAACAGAUGCAUCUCUGUAUUCCCAGUCAUGUGAAAUCCAUAGAUUAGGGCCUAAUUUAUUUAUUUCAAUUGACUGAUUUUCUCAUAUGAACUGUAACUCCGUAAAAUCUUUGAAAUUGUUGCAUGUUGCAUUUAUAUUUUGGUUCAUUAUACAUAAAUAAGAUCUGGGGGGACCCCCCCUGCCUGGAGAUUGUGAAAUAUGAACACGAGACUCGCAUGCUUUUGAAAUGUUAUAGAUUGCUAUUAUUUUCUAUUGGUAUCCUCUGUAGCUCAAUUGGUAGAGCAUGGCGCUUGUAACGCCAGGGUAGUGGGUUCGAUCCCCGGGACCACCCAUACGUAAACAUGACUGUAAGUCGCUUUGGAUAAAAGCGUCUGCUAAAUGGCAUAUUAUUAUGAUGAAGAUACUCUCUCAAUGUAAGACCCUAAGCCUGCUCCCAAACAAAGUGGAGUAAGGGUAGGAAAGCAAUGAAAUAUGACAGUGGUUCCACACGUUGCUGUGACACAAAAAUAUUAUUUGUAUUUUAUUCUGUUAUUUCAUUUAUAUUCUUAGCCUACUAUAAAAUGUGUGUUGACUGUGAUCAGGGUAGCCUAAGUGUGUCUUGUCUGUUUAAUGAACAAAAUAACUAUAGGCUGCGCAGACCAGUAACAUAAUUAAACUCAAAAUAUGCCAUUCUAUUCUUUUGAAAAUAAAUGUUAUUAGUUUUAUAAUGUUUCUUAGGACCUGCCUAAAACAAAUUAAUGAUUUCUUUGUGAUGGUGAAUAUUCAAUGGAUUUAUUAAAGUAGGAGUCCCACAUCUACUCCCACUCCUAAACUUGCUGGCAUGUGCACAGGAGAUAUAAAAGGCUUGUCCGGGCAAGAAUGUGGUAUAAAUGGGACUGUACGAAUUGGGUUCUAAAAAAUUGCCAGAUAUUUUAUUUUAUUUUAUUUUUUAUUUUACUGGCAACAUACUGUAAAGGGUAUUAAACAGGAGGACCCCAGGGUGACCAGAGAGAUGGUAGAGGAGAGUUAAUUUAAAUAAAAGUCAAAUUAACGUCUCCCACUCUGAGCUCGUUAGUGUUAGACUGACGACCGCGGGGGCUGGAUGAGGCUAAUUGGUAGAAGUUGCCCUUGGGCGCAGAUCUAGGAUCAGUUUAUCCUCCCCAAAUCCAGACCUCAAGCAUUAGGGAGGGAAAUGCAAAAUUGACCUUAGAUCAGUUACUAUAGGCAACUUCAAGGGUGUAUUGGGAGGGCAUCGCAGACUCACACACUGCUCUUCACUGAUACACUGGUAUCAUGACCCUCUCCUCUCUAGCUCUAUUAACGCACUAUUAACCUUUGGAGAGAGCCAUCAGUGUUCAGACAGCCAUGGUUUCUACUAGAGAGAGUGUGUGUGUGUGUUGCAUGCAGUAAUGGUGUGUGUAUAUUAUAGGUCGGUGAUGGGGAGCAGCCUGCCUGCAAUCAUCAGGCCAGCAGCAGACGCAACGACAACAGGGGCAGCUUCUGUUUCGACCCCAGGUAACACACACUCCACACAGACAAUACAGAAAAUGCUAUCCCAGCUUUACCAACACACACAAAACCUAACCCUACUCUCUCGCUCCCCCUCUCUCCUCUCUGCUCCUCCUCUCUCGCUCUCCUUCUCUCUCUGCUCCCCUUCUCUCUUUGCUCCCCCUCUCUCUGCUCCCUCUCUCUCCCUUUCUGUCCCACUCUCUCCUCCACAUCUGACUCUACUCUUUCCUACCCCCCCUUCCCCCUCCCUCAGUAGUGAGGUCCACAAGCGCUGUCCGUUGUGCGAGGUGAUCUUCCCGCCCCAUUUUGAGCAGCGUAGCUUUGAGCAGCAUGUGGAGAGCCACUGGAAGGUGUGUCCCGUGUGCUCUGAGCAGUUCCCCCUCGACUGCCAUCAGCAGCUCUUCGAGAAGCACGUGCUCACACACUUUGACGGCCAUGUGCUGAACUUCGACAACAUGGAGUAG